AUGCAUCGAAUGUUCCAGCCGGAAAAGCUCCGGCUCAAAGUGGAUCUACGACUGUGCACCAUCGCUGGUAUCCUCUGCUCGCUCAACCUCCUCGACAGUGGCAUUAUUUCCUCCGCCAGCGUCACCUCUAUGCUCACCGACCUGGACCUCACCCUCGGCAACCGCUACAGCGUCAGCAUCUUCAUCUUCACAAUCUCCUCCAUAGUCUUCCAGCUGCCCAGCACCAUCGCCGUGCGGACCUUCGGCCCGAGGAUCUGGUUUGCGUUCAUAACGUUUUGUUUCGGGCUCAUCACCAUGUGCACAGCGUUCAUACAUACCUGGAAGGAGAUGAUUGCGUUGAGGGUGUUGCUGGGCAUGGCGAUGAGUGGGAUUUAUCCUGGGUUGACAUAUCUGAUCAGUACGUGGUAUUUGAGGAGGGAGCAGCAGACGAGGUUUGCGUUUUUGCAGAGUGGGGAGGUCAUUAUUCUGGCUACCGGGGGGAUUGUCAAUUGGGGGUUAAAUCACCUCGAUGGGAAGGGCGGGUUGGAGGGGUGGAGGUAUAUGUUCCUUGUCCAAGGACUCAUCGCCAUGGUCCUUGGUGUGGUGACGUAUUUCUGGAUCGUGGAUUUCCCUGACCAGGCGCACAAAAGUCUCUGGUUCCUGACCGAAGAGGAGCAAAAGUUGGCCGUGGCGAGGAUCCAGAGAGAUCGUAAGGACGUCCAGGUGGAUCCCUUCUCUUGGGGUAAAGUCUUGCAGCACGCGAGUGAUUGGAAGAUCUACGCUUUUGCGUGCAUGUUCUUCCUGCUCAAUCUGGUCUCGACGUCGUUAUCCUAUUUCCUCCCGAUCAUCCUCCAAUCUGGAAUGGGCUUCGACGAGGACAAGAGUAUCAUCCUUGCCGCGCCGCCGUAUUACUACGCCGUUAUACCGGUCAUCCUGUCCUCGAUCGUCGGAGACAGAUACAAGUUACGAGGACCCGUCAUCAUAUUCAACUGCAUCUGUUUGAUCAUCGGCUUCUGCAUGUUGGGCUUUACAGAGCAGGUCACCGUUCGAUAUAUUGGAACAUACCUCGCAACUGGAGCCUACGUUUCGAACUGGGCGGCUAUAACAACCUAUCAAGCGAACAACAUCACUGGACAAUGGAAGAGGGCUUUCACGGCGGCUGCUGUCACUGCUAUGAACGGUGCGGGAGGUAUCGCUGGAUCUUUCAUUGUCCGACAACAAGAAGCACCAAAGUACAUGACAGCCGUAUGGGUAUCCAUCGGCUCACACAUCCUGCUCAUAGGCUUUGUGCUGGCGUUCUCGGCGUAUUUUUAUGUUGCGAAUAAGAGGCAGAGGGCUGGGAAGGUGAUUCUGGAGAGGACGGAGGGGUUUAGGUUUACGUUUUAG